AUGAAAAUUGUAAGAAUUGUAUUUGGUUUGGCAUUAGCCUGUUUGGCUAAGGUCGAAGCAACUCCUUGUGGUGGAUUUCCAUACCUUCCAGAUCUUUGUCUAGAUCUUGCGCCACCUGCAAUACCAUGUCCUCUUCCUCUUCCUCUUCCUCUUCCUUGCUUACCACCAUGUCCACCUCCAUGUGUUCCGGCUCCAAAAUUGAUACCAGUACCACUAUCACCUCUACCUUGUUUCUCUAUUCCACCAUUAUGUCCACCAUGCCUACCACCUUUACCACUCCCCUGCUCAUCACCACCACCACCACCACCACCAUGCUUCCUGCCAGCACUACAAAGUCCUCUCCCUCUUCCACUACCUUGCUUACCACCAUGUCCACUUCCUUGUCCAGCACCACCAUGUGUUCCACUACCUAAGUUGAUACCAGUACCACUAUCACCUUUACCUUGUUUUUCUAUUCCACCAUUAUGUCCACCAUGCCUGCCACCUUUACCACUCCCUUGCUUACCACCCCCACCACCACCAUGCUUCCUGCCAGCACCACCAUGUCCUCUCCCUCUUCCACUACCUUGCUUACCACCAUGCCCCCUUCCUUGUCUAGCACCUCCAUGUGUUCCACCGCCAAAGUUGAUACCCGUACCACUAUCACUUCUACCGUGUUUCUCUAUUCCACCAUUAUGUCCACCUUGUCCACCAUUAUGUCCAACUUGUCCACCACCUCCUUGCUUUUGUUAAUAAGGCUUGACCUUAUUUGUUGAUUUUAGUUAUGUUUUUACUGUUUAAUAUGGUAUCAUAUUAUAUCCACCAACUUAACAAAAACUGGAU